AUGGCGAGCGAAUGGGGUCGUGCUGCGACAGAUGAAGAACUGAAACAGAGCGUUCCAACGCUCCAUGUCUACGAUCACUGCCCAUUUUGUGUGCGCGCCAGGAUGAUUUUUGGAUUGAAGAAGAUCCCUUUCAAGCUGAACUUCCUGAUGAAUGAUGAUGUGGUCACCCCCACCAGGAUGACGGGGAAGAAGGUUCUCCCCAUCCUGGAACUGGAGGGUGCAGCCAUGAGCGAAAGUCUGGACAUCGUGGCCAAGAUCGAUGCCAUCGGUGCGCCGAUCUUGGCCAAAGCGGCGGAGCGUAAGGAUAUCGACCAAUGGUUGACGGAUAACAAGGAACUGAUCAGGAAAGUCACGCGGCCGCGCGACGCGCGGGCCUUGUUUCCGGAGUUCGCCACCAAGGCGGCGAGAGCCAUGUGGGUGAAGAACCACCAGCUCUCAGGUACCUCCUUUGAGGCGGCGUUUAUGGCCUCGGAGGAGUACUUGAAACAGCUGAACAGCAAGUUGGAGAAGCUCGCGGAGAUGAUUCACGGGGACACAGUCAACGAAGGGGGUGUGUCCUAUGAUGACAUCACCUUGUGGCCCAACCUGAGACGACUUACCAUCGCCAAGGGCGUCCUGUGGCCAGAGAAACUCCGAAAAUACUUGUUGUACAUGGAAGAUCUUUGUGAUGUGCCCAUUCUUGAGGUCAUGGCCAUCUGA